UUCAAUUUUUUUAUAAUAAAAUAAUGAGAAAAACCUUUAUUUAGAUCCGUCUUAAUGGACUCAACCAAUAGAUCUUUCAUUCACUACCCAGAUCCAGAAAUUUCCAUAAAAAGCAGCUUUUUGUUUUUUGGGUUUGAUAUUUGAGGCUUAGAGUUGGUGUUGUUGCUUCUUCUGUGAAGCUUCUUGGUAACAAACUAACAAACAAUCUUAUUGGGUUUCUAAAUUUGGAAUAUAUGGAAAGUUCAAGAAGCAAUAGAGUGGACAAGAGAGGGUAUGAGCAGGUUGUAGAGGAUGAUGCAGAGCACGAGCCUGGAUCGAAGAAGCCAAAGUUGCCUGCUUUAGCGAGUGUAAUUGUGGAAGCUUUGAAGGUGGAUAGUCUGCAAAGACUUUGCUCAUCUUUGGAGCCUCUUCUUCGCAGAAUUGUCAGUGAAGAAGUGGAGCGUGCCUUGUCAAAGUUAGGCCAAUCUGAUCUGCCUGGAAGGUCUCCACCUCCAAGAAUACAAGGCCCAGAUGGAAAAUGUCUGCAACUUCAUUUCAAAACAAGAAUGCCGCCUCACCUAUUCACAGGUGGAAAGGUUGCGGGAGAGCAAGGAGCAGCAAUCCAUGUUGUGUUGCUAGAUCUAAGUACAGGCAGUGUUGUGCAAACUGGACUAGAAUCAGCAGCCAAAUUGAAUGUUGUGGUGCUUGAAGGAGACUUCAAUGAGGAAGCUGAUGAAGAUUGGACAAAAGAGCACUUUGAAAACCAUGAGGUUAAGGAACGUGAGGGGAAAAGACCACUUUUGACUGGGGAUCUACAGGUGAUCCUCAAGGAAGGAGUUGGAACUCUUGGAGAUCUCACUUUCACUGACAACUCUAGCUGGAUAAGGAGCAGGAAGUUCAGGCUUGGUGUUAAGGUUGCCCCUGGAUAUUGUGAGGAGAUUCACGUUCGUGAGGCUAAAACAGAAGCUUUUGCUGUAAAAGAUCAUAGGGGUGAAUUAUACAAAAAACAUUACCCUCCAGUGUUGCAUGAUGAAGUUUGGAGAUUGGAUAGAAUAGCAAAGGAUGGAGCACUGCACAAAAAGUUGAUUAAGGCUGACAUUGUGACUGUUGAAGAUUUCCUCCGCAUUCUUGUUAAGGAUGCACAAAGAUUAAGAAGUAUCCUUGGGAGUGGGAUGUCCAACAGGAUGUGGGAGAACACAGUGGAGCAUGCAAAGACAUGUGUCUUGGGUGGGAAGCUUUAUGUUUACUAUACCGAUGAGACUCAUGGCACUGGUGUUGUUUUCAACCAUAUUUAUGAGCUCAGUGGCCUUAUUGCUGAAGGACAGUUCCUCUCUCUCGAAUCACUUUCCCAUAGCCAAAAGGUUUCAGUGGAUACCUUAGUGAAGAGAGCUUAUGAUAAUUGGCAUCAUGUUAUAGAAUAUGAUAGCAAAGUCCUAGACCCCCUUGCAAGUGCUAAGAAGGGGAUGAGAGCCUCAGCUGCACCUAUAGCUGACCACAACUAUGCCACAGAUCACAUUAUAACAAAUGUUCAAAACAGGCAGCAGUAUAUCUCUGAACUGGGCACACAAUGCCAAUAUAACCACCAAUCAGUCCCUCAAUUAAUUCAAUUUCCAUUUGUGAGGUCUGAUCAAAUGGCAUCUAUGACAUUAAAUAACCCACAAGCAGCAUUAUCAGCCAGCACAGAUUACAUGUCAGUUGGGACUCCUGCAGAUAUUUCAGGAGAUUGGUCUCAACAAAGAAUUGGGCAGGGAUCAGGAGACCCUUUUGCUGAGGAAAUCCGGCUGAGGAGUUCGGAGAUGUUGGAGACUGAUGAUAUGCAAAGACUGCUAAAGACAUUUAGUAUGGGAGUUGGUGUUGGAAUGGGGGCUGGUUUUACUCAUCCUGAUGAGGCUUGUUUCUCUUACAGUGUUCAAUAUGAGCCUCAGAUGGAUAGGAAAUUUGGACCUGAGCGUGGUCGAAGCUCAGGUAAAGCAGUUGUUGGAUGGCUUAAACUUAAAGCUGCUUUAAGGUGGGGUAUAUUUAUAAGGAAGAGAGCUGCAGAAAGGAGAGCUCAGCUUACUGAGUUAGAUUGACUUAAUUGCUUGGAUCUAUUUUAGUCUCAGGUUUUAGUGAGAUCAUAUAAAUUGAUGCCUUGAAAUUGAACCAUAUGAUUGGCCAGAAGAUGGAGAUAAUGAAAUGAAAAACUGGAAUUUAAUGCAUUAGGAUUGCAGGGAUAUGCAUGCUUUCAGUUUUCCUUGUGACUUCCUUGACCCUCAAGAGUGUACAUGAAAAGAGAUGAGAAUGAAUAGUCAUGUAUCAAGUUUGCUAAUAUUUUUCACCUCAAUUUACUUGUUCCAAACAUCUUUCUUUUCUUUUCCUUCCCCGAUGAAUUUCCACAUAUGUCCUUUAUUUCGUGUGUAUGUAAUAUUACUAUUUCUUUUUUUCCAUUGUCAUUCACGAUGUAGAUUUAUUCAAUCAGAAUCUUUUUUGUGUG